AUGGCACAACAAUCCGAGCACAUUAAAAUGAACACAUCGGCGGUGGUAAUUUCAGUAUUGGGAUGUGUAUCCGGUCUUGUAACUUGUUUAUGA